AUGCAGUCGCGCUCUCCCAUCUGGAGAAGCGCGAGCAAUGCAUUCCGCUCUGUCACGCAGCCGAGACCGAGAUCUGGAAUCCAGGAUGCGACAGCUCCUUUUCGACGACGGCUAAGCAGUCACGCGAAGCCACGACCUCAGGUUAUCUUUUCUGGCAUCCAACCGACUGGGAUUCCGCAUUUGGGCAAUUACCUUGGUGCCUUACAGCGAUGGGUGCAAUUGCAAAACGACGCGAGCCCUGAAACUACCUUGAUCUACAGCCUGGUCGACUUGCACGCCAUCACUGUGCGCCAGGAUCCGCGCCAGCUUCGACAAUGGAAGAAGGAGAGCCUCGCCAUGCUAUUAGCCAUAGGCCUCGAUCCGAACAGAAGCAUCAUCUUCCAUCAGAGUGAUGUUCCCGCCCACGCAGAACUCAUGUGGAUUCUGUCCUGCCAAGCGAGCACGGGAUAUUUGGGCCGAAUGACGCAGUGGAAGGAUAAGACUGCCAAUGAGCGGGAGAAUAGCGAGAAGUUGAAGCUAGGUCUCUUCUCCUAUCCUGUGUUGCAGGCUGCCGAUGUCCUUCUCCACCAGACAACGCAUGUGCCCGUCGGCCACGAUCAGGCUCAGCAUCUCGAAUUCGCACGCGAAUUGGCGAGUGGCUUCAACCAUGUUUACCGUGAAGACAUCUUCACGUAUCCAGAGACCAUGAUCAGUCCGGCGAAACGGGUCAUGUCUCUUACAGACCCGAGUGUGAAGAUGUCGAAAAGCCAUUCGAAUCCCAAGUCGAGGAUCCUCCUAACGGACGACAAGCAGACGAUUGAGCAGAAGAUCAAGCAAGCCAUGACAGACUCGCUCGGCCCGGUAACUUACGACCCGCAAUCACGAGCGGGUGUGAGCAAUCUGCUGGACAUUGUGCUGCAUUGUGAUGCGGGCCAAACGUAUCAGACCGUGGACGACAUUGUCAGUAUCGGGAACAGACUGAGUCUGAAAGCGUUCAAGGAGUGGGUUGCGGAACGGAUCGAGCAGACCGUCCGGCCGAUCUGCGAGAGAUACGCAGACAUCGUUGGAGAGCAGAAGCAGCUAGAUCGCAUAGCUGAGGAAGGAGCUGAGCGGGCGAGAGCAAGUGCUCGCCCCACACUUCAUCGCGUAAAGGAGACAGUUGGUCUGCUUUGA